UGUAUUUUGACAGGAGGCAGGCAGCGGGAGAAGAAAGGAGCGGAUGCACUGAGCGCGAAGGAUGCGCAGCAUAAUGUCGCCGCUUUGGAACCUACCCCACCGACCGGUACCAUGAUAAACACCUCCGAGGCGGUGACCCGCAGGAGGCCGUCGGCGGCCCGGCGGACCGAGCGCUGGAUCGCAUGGUGCCAGGCGGCUCUCCUCGGCGUGUCGGCUCUGGUCAUCGCGGCCGAACGGAGCGCUCUGAUCUACUGCAUAGGGUUUUACCUUUGGAACGACGAGACAAGGUGGGCCGGCCUCACUCUCGGACUCUUUCUCCCGGGCACGGCGGUGCAGCUGCUAAGCGUCAAAUGGUAUUAUGAUGACGGUGACGACAGGCGAUGGUACCUCUCUACCAUACACAUUCUUCACUUGGGAAUCUUCAAAAGGUUAUGGGACUGCAUGAGGUAUGUGUCCCGCAUGCAAGGCUCAGUGGCAGAGCUGGGCGCUGUCGUCAUGCAGCAGGCAGAUGUUGCUGCUCUUUGGCUCCUGGAGGCUCUGGUCGUCUCUCUGCCGCAGAGCUUGCUGCAGGCGUACAUCGUGGUGUCCACUGAUGUAGGGAUCAUGUCCCCAGUGGCCUACUCCUGUGGUCUUUGCGUGCUGUCUAUUUCCUGGGCCCUGGUGCUGUACAGCCGAGCCUGCUGUCUCAUCCGGCCAGGCCACCUUGCCAUGCCUCCGGCAGCCCUGCUGUGCCAGCUUGUGUGGCGGGCUGGCAUGCUGGGUGCCAGGGUGACAUGCCUCAUGUUCUUCGCCAGGGUGUUCAACUGGUGGGUCUGCGGAGUGGCAGGCUUUCACUGGCUGACCGCCUCCUUCUGGCUGGUGUCGCAGCAACCAGACAUCUGCACCGGUCCCUGGUGUUGGCGUGCCUUUAACGGCCUCCUGGGGCUCGUCCAUGUCUUCCUCUUUCUUAACGUCAAAGACGGACCUUCGCGCUUCCGCAUGGCCAGCUUUUAUGCGGUGAGAAGUGAUUUUAAAUGUUUGAAUAAUGACAUCUGGCUUUACCUUGUCUUUCUCUUUCAGUUCAUGCUGAUUGAGAAUGCCACUUUACUGCUGGCCGCCUCUGACUUACUGAGCGAAGCAUCGUGGGACAACAUGACGCUCCCCAUCAGUGUCCUGAGUAGCUUUAUCCUCGGCGCUACCUCCCUGGUCAUCUACUACCGGUUUCUCCACCCCAAGUCAACAGAGAUCGCCCAAGGUCUGAACCGCAACCACAUGGGUAGCACGUGCAUAGAACGUGGGGAGUCCUCCUUCUCACUUGGGGACAAAAGCCUGCCGGUUGGUGGUGUACAAAACCACGGCAGCUUCUCCCUCUCCGGUGUGGCUGGUUCACUGCUGGAGCAUCCGAGCUCAUGUGGAGGGAGGCCAAACAGCUCCUGCCCUUGCUACCACCAUCACUGGCUCCUCAUCCGGCUGGCCCUGAAAACAGGCGACCUGGGGAAGAUCAACCGAGCAUAUGGGGCAGGUGGUGCGGCAGCCAUACUGGACAUGGAGGAGUACAACCAGGAGUUUAAGAGUAACGAAGGCAUCAACACCACGGCAGGGGGCAGCUGCGAGGGUGUGUCCAUGUCUGAGUCUCAGGGGAAAGGCUUGGCACCCCUGUCGGACUGCAAAGACGAAUUUCAGACUGUGAGUGAACCCACGUCCUUCGAACAAGCAGAGGAUGACAGUCUGGAGAUGGAGAGCCCGCUGGAGUCACCCGCAUCCGAUUUCAAGCGCAGCUCACCAGAGGGCAAAUCCGUAUUUGGAGACAGCCCGGAGCCAUACUUUUGCCCCACGGAGUCCAGUUCAACCCUCUACUUCAGCGCUGAUCCCCAGUCCCCCAGCAGCUCCAGUAACCCCCGUUUGGACCGGGACAUCGGGGGUCUGGAGCAGGGAGUGCGUCUCAAUUCCAUCCCAAGCGAUCCCGCUCUUCACAGGGAUGUCCGAGGGCUGAUAGGUCGGGUUGGGCCACGCUACACGUCCACCCCUAAACUGGACACAGGAGUGCUGGACUCUACCUCCAGUGUCCCUCACCUCAGUGGUCCCAGGAGGCAGCUCAUAAUGUCCCGCAGAGAUGAAGAUGAACAUUUCUGACAUGAUUCGGGGGUAGGAUGACUUCAGCAAGUUCAUCCAUCCUAAAGUGAAAGGAACAAGGUGAGACAGACAUAUAAUACACAAACCAAAUGAACAUCAUGCUGAGCUAGUAGUGUGUUUUUAUCUCUAUUGAAAUAUUCUCUAAAAGCAAUACAUUGCGCAAGUGGAGCCAUUUAAUGCUGUUUUAAAAGCACCAUUAAUAAGCUACCGUAAUUAGUGUUUGGACCACAUUCAAUAUACCAUACAAAUUUGUAUGACCUCGUAGUUACAAGUACUAAUUAACGACCGUAUUUCUUCAAAUAGUGGCCUGUACGCUUAUAAGCACCAUGCACCAAUUAAUCGCCGGGUGCUACACCUCAAAUAGACAUCCCUUUGGACGAACACGGGGUGCCACUAGGCUGUGAUGAACUUUAUUGUGACAUCUGGUACACCAGCGUUUUUUGCCACAACAUGCACCGCUGCAGAGCAAACAUGGCAUCUGUAAAGCUGUUUACAGAGAAAGUGCUUUUGUAAUGCUGAGAGCUUUCCUCAGCAAAAGCUGCAAACUGUUCCAGCAUUAAUCCAAAAAGAUCGGAUAUCCACAAUUUGUGAUCAUUUACAGGCUGCAAGGUAAGGUCAUGUACACUGUAUUUACUAUAGCAGUUCAAUAAAAGUGCAGCCACAAAAUACUGCUGUAUAACACUUGUUUUGCCACAACAUAAGCUAUUCUGCAUUCUUCAGAAGUAUCAUUAAGAUCUGCUGAGCUGUUGUCUGAUCUUGGAUAACUUGGUCUUUAUAUAACUUGAUGUUAUUAAAUAAUAGAAGAGAAUUGAGAAAACAAGCCUCUAAAUAGCACAAGCCUCUGCUUCACUGGCUUCCUUAAAGCACAAGUAUCCUGUACUAUACAUCUGUUGUGGUGUUUUUUAAGCUAUCAUUCCAAUUAAAAAAAAGGAAUCCUCAGUUUCAAUAUACUCUAUUUAUUUAUAUAUAUAUAUGUAUAUAUAAAUAUACAUAUAUAUAUAUAAACAUAUCAUCGUGCAGUGCAUUGAGCAGGAUUGAAGUGUCGCCUGGAAUUCUUUUUCAUUUCAAAUGUGUGACUUUAGAAGAUGUGAAAAACAUCCACUUAAGAAAGUUUUUUUUCUGUCAUUACAUACUGGCAGUGAUGUUCGCUAAUGUGUUCUCAGCAGCUGUUUCUGAAAAUACAUGCAAUUUUCUUUUUUACUCGCGUGUAAAAGCAGACAUGAGUUUUUCUCUUUCACUCGAGCGCUGUAUGGAAUUUGAACUGUGAAGUGCAAGGCCGCCUGUGGCUUGAAAUAAGCAAUAAAAAGCAAAACUAUUGA